AUGUCUCGACCAAAUCCGACCACGCCCUCCAAGGGCAAGGGUAAGGCUGGGGUAACUGUUGAACGUGGCCGCGAAAUUGCCACUGAGCUGAACCGGACCUACAACUUGGGCAUGUCUCUGCCAGCUGAAUCAAUGUCACCGGUUGCGAAGGAGAAACGGGCCGAGCAAGAUGUCGACUUCCGGCGACAUAAUAACAUCGUAAACAACUUGCGCAUCCUUCACUUCAAAGACAAGGAACGCCUCAAGGCGACGCUUGACGAAUUUGAUGUCAAGGCCCGCGAACAGAGCAACCACUGGACUCGGAAACUGCGCGCCAGGCCAAAUGGCCCACCACGGGCCUAUGCAGCUGAGGACCAGGUCAUGCUGCAGGAGCUUCUUGUCGACGUGCUUACCACGGCAACGGAUUCUGUCCGUGAGAAUCUGACGCAGGCCACCCGUGUAGGCCACGAUGUCGCUGCAGCAGGUACGGCAACACAGGCGAGUGUCUUUGACUUGGACUCCUCUGCCAGUCCUGCUGCCGACAUAGACCGAGUGCCAGUCUUCCCGAUAGCUAGUAGCACUUCAUCGCAGCCAGCGUCCGGGAAUUCUGGAGCACAAGCUUUGGAAAAGAGCUUCUGGAAUGAGCAGAACCGUACAAAGAGCACCGGAACAGACUCCAGCUCAAGAUCCACGGCCAUGUUUUCGGCUCUGGAUUCCCUCGAGCCGUUUGAGAGCCAGGCCUCCGCGUCUGCGCAUACCGAAGAUGCCAAGUACUUUGGGAGUGGACUUCCACGCCCGCCGUCUCAAGAGUCGUUUGCGAUAUCAGACACCAGCCUCGAUGCUCUCGAAGAUUCUUUCAAUCUGUACGGCGACGUAGCAAGGGUCGGCUCAGCAGAGGGCUCGGAACAGUCCAGCAUUCCUGAAAUGGCCGAUCUUCAGCUCUCUGAGUACGACACCGGCAAUACAACAGAACUGCCAUCGUAUGUGCCUGGGCUCUGGGACCGUUUGACUUCCGUGUUUUCUUCCACGCCUGAAUGGCUGCAAGACGCCCCGUUCCCCUUGAUCUGGGAGAUUGUGCGGAUUUCUCUGUUCUGUUCUGUGAGCCUCGGCGACAUGUCGUCAGAGUACUCGACCCUGUGGCAUAACCAGGACGUAUUUCGAAAGGCUCUCUCCAGUCACCCUAGCUUUGUGGGAAAGCCACUUCCAGAACCAUCAAGCCAGCUCGCGUGGGAUGUUGCCUUCGACCAACGGACUUCCCGCGGGAAGACGGAGCUGUCCCCCAUCUUCACCGCCACAAUGGAUUUUAACCUUGGUCACACCGGCCCACUUUACCUGUUGAAGCUUCGUCCGAUCACGCUCGACUAUCCUCAUCGUCUGUCGCGCCACUUUGGAGCAGAUCGGUUUAUUGAGAUUCAUUUUCCGUCGCACCAUUCCGGAUUGCGCGCCGUGCCGAAAGUACUUCGAAAGAAUGAGGAUGCGGUUCAAGAAGUCAACCAAUGGUUGACACUACAGCGUCACCGUUUUGUUGGUCGAAAUUGGGUGGCGUUCUACAUCAAGGAUGCAGGCUUCAAGAAGCCAGCCCUGUCUGAUGAACGAGGGCUGGGGGAAAAAGUGCCGUCUGUCCUGCUGAAGAAGGCGUAUUUGUUUGCGGAGGAUGGAUUUGGCCUUUUUCCAGAUGGGAUUGUGGGGCGCGUUGAAGACAGUGAAUGGAGGUUCGGGCAUGAACUUCAAGUUCAUGAUAUGUUGGAGUGGCUGCUGCAGUACAACAGGUUUCAUGAAAACCGGACACAGCCAUACCUGAAGCUAUUUUCUCGCAUAGCUCUCGGCCUAAGCCGGACCAUCCCUACGGUCGUGUUUGAGCCGGAGCAGAUGCGCCACCAUGCGUCGGAUAUCACAGCACCGGCGACGGGAAAGGUGAUGAACGACGGCAUUGGGCGUAUGUCGCUGAGUGUAGCACGCAAAGUGCGAUUCGAGCUCGGCCUCAGUGAUCUUCCGGCAGCUGUGCAAGGCCGUCUGGGAUGUGCGAAGGGAAUGUGGAUUCUGGAUCCAACUGAUACGGGAGGCGAAGACUGGAUAGAGACGUACCCAUCUCAACGCAAAUGGAAGUGUGAUUUUGUGGAUCCGGACCACCGAACACUCGAAGUUCGCAAUUACGCAUCGGCGGUGCGAUCAGCCGGGCUGAACCAGCAGCUUCUGCCGGUUCUGGAAGACCGGGCGAUUGACAAGUCGCGGAUGCGCACUGUGAUUGGGGACAUAUUGAGGGGCAAUCUGUACCGAGACCUUGCGACGCAGAGAACAGCACUGGAACACCCGCUGCUGUUUUCAGCAUGGGUGCAGGAGAACUCCCGAUCGCGAGAUGAACGAUCAGCUCACUGCCAAGUGCGUUUUCUGGGCGGGCUGCCGGACUCGGACUCGGAGGUGGUCCAGUUUCUCCUCAGCGGGGGAUUUGAUCCACGCGUGCAGAAGAUGAUAUGGGACGUGGCGUACAAGAUCCAGAAGGCCAAGUGCGAGAAGCUGAAGGAGAAGCUCAACGUGCGGGUGGGGAGAACGGCAUAUCUCCACAUGGUGGUGGACUUUCUCGGCGUUCUCGAGGAAGGAGAGGUGCAGGUGUGUUUUUCGUCCAAGUUCCAGGUGGACGCGGACAGCGAGCCGGACGAACGAGGAGACGACGGGUCCUUUUCAGAUUCGCUCCUGGUAGGCACAGACGUGCUGGUGGCACGGUCGCCAGCUCAUUUUGCGAGUGACGUACAGAGAGUGCGGGCGGUGUUCCGGAAAGAGCUGUGCGUGCUCAAGGACGUGGUGAUAUUCUCGAGAAAAGGCGACAGCCCGUUGGCGGACAAGCUGUCGGGAGGCGACUACGACGGCGACAUGGCAUGGGUGUGCUGGGACGGGCGGAUCGUGGAGAACUUUUCCAACGCUCGAGAGCCGGAGAAAUACGACCUCGUGGCGAUGGGCUACAUGCAGAAGAACAGAACGACAUUGUCGGAACUGUCGGCAGAGACGGGGACGGGAGCAGGAGGCAAGAUCGGGGCGGAUGAGGUGGAAGAGAUGAUGGAGCGGAGCUUCCGGUUCAAUAUGAAAGAAAACUUUCUUGGACGGAUGACGACAUACAAGGAGAAUCUCUGCUACUGGCGGGGGACGAUUUCGGACGAAACGGGGGUGAUCCUCAGCACACUGUUGGGCGAGCUUGUGGACCAAGCCAAGCAGGGAACGGAAUUUGACGAAAAGGACUUUGACCGGCUACGAAGAGAGCGGCUACGAGAAUGCAAAGAAAAAGGAGCACUGGCACAGUGGCUCGACAAGCCGCUAUACAAAGAAAAUGGGUGGCCAAUGGGGAAGUCGGUGAGAGAAGUCAACUUGAUUGACCACCUGAAGUUCUUUGUGGCCAAGCCGAUGAUCGAGCAGGAGCUCAGGGCGCUGGACAAGUUCGGCGAGUCGGGGAACGACGGCAACGGGUCUAUGUACUGGGACGAGGAUCUGGCGCGGCCAGCAAAGGAGUUUGAGACUCUGGCACAGACAUCAGGCACGUGCCGGGCGAUUCUGGACGGGCUGAAGAGCGACAUCGACGAGGUGCGAGAGGCAUGGGUUAAUGGGGUGAGCAAAUGGAAGAGCAGCAAGACGAAGAGCAUGACGACGACAGAGGAUAUGGGGUACCGACAGCAGGUGCUGGAAGUGUACCAGCAAUGGUGCAACAUUGGCGUGCGGCUGCCGAAGAGGAGGGGGGGUGCAGGGGCUGCGGACGAGGAGGUGAUCCGGGCGAUGCUGCAGGAGGACUAUCUGACAGACGGCGAGCACAGCCGAUGGGCAAUGCUGCGGGCAAGCCAGGCCUUUCGCACCUUCCGCGGACAUGGGUCGAAGUUUGUGUGGCAGAUGGCAGGACGACAGCUGCAGGCGAUCAAGGCAACGAUGGCAUAUGGAGGCGGCAGCAGUGGUGGAGGAGGCGACGGGACGCGAUGCAGCAACGUGAUGAUGACACCUCUGCAAUAUGCGGCGACACGGUCAGACGGAAAGACAAUUCGGCAGAUGGUGGCACGGUUACGGGGAAUGGAGGAGGAUGCGAUGGAGUUUCGAUGCGACUCGUUUGAGGAUGAUGUGUGA